AUGGUGGACGAGAAGGGGCCUUCUGAACGUAUUUUGCUCCAACAAUUUGGUCAUUCAAUUCAUAGACCUUGUCAAGCAUUACUAGAAUGUAAUAAUGAGAAUGCUCCAAUUGCUGUUGAGGGAAGAACGAGAACAGAGAACAAAAGGGUCAUUGUAAGGAGUCGUUUCUUCCAGCACAAGUCAAUGAACAAGAAUGACCAAGACAAUAAACAAGAAAUGCUCUCAGUCAAGGAUGCUGUUGCCAGUGAUAUGUGUGCAGAUAGCGUCCUUGAAGGAUCUGACAACACAAGAACAGGGAACAGGGAGAUCACUAUAAGGACCCCUUUUUUCCAGCACAAGUCAGUUAAUGAGAAUGAUCAAGACAAUAAACAAGAUAUGCUCUCAGUCAAGGAUGCUGUUGCUAGUGAUAUGUGUGAAGAUAGUGUCCUUGAGGGAUCUGAUAAUAAAAGAACAGGGAACAGAGGGAUCACUUUAAGGAGCUCUUUUUUCCAGCACAAGUCAGUUGAUGAGAAUGAUCAAGACAAUAAACAAGAAAGGCUCUUCGUCAGGGAUGAUGCUGCCAACAAUAUUCAUGAAGAUUUCAUUCUCGAGAGCCCUUCUGAAGAUAAAUUUUCAAAUUGCAUCAUCAUGAAAAGGAAGACAUCCCCAAAUGACAGUGUCCAAAGAAACAUGGAAGCGAAGCACAUUUGUACAGAUGCAUCUCUUCCUGAUAAUGGUUCUGAUCCUCACCUCAACAAGACAUUAGCUGGGAAGAAAUUUGAGGAACAGAAGUUUGGAUCUGACAUUUCACAUAUAAGCCAUUAUUCCAACAUAGCCGAGAAAUCAAUAGAAAGAUUUGUUUCAGUGAUAUCGUCAUUCAGAUACAACUCGACUGGUUCUCGUGCCAGUGGACUGCGUGCACCCCUGAAAAACAUUCAAAACACUUGUGCCAAUAGCCACGUGCACACACGUGGCUUAGGUGUCAACAAUUUUGUUUGUUCCGCAAGUGACUAA